AUGCAGCCGCGGCUGGUGCUUUCGUGUGUUGCGUUCGUGAGUGCAUCAUUCUCGAUGGCGGAAAUGGCAUCCAGCUUUGAGAGCAUCAAGCACAAGUUAGUCGGCGGGCCUUACGCAGGGGCAGGAGGCAUGGCCAUCGGGGCCGGUUCGGUGGGCGUCGAGGAGUUUGCUGAUGAUGCGGAGGCCAUCAGUGCCAUCCGAAUGUUUCCGGAUGUGAUGCGGUCGUUCGGAGGGCUGGGGCCGGGCGCAACGGACGCUGAGGUCGCGGCAAUCUUCCUCCCGGCGCUGAAGGUGAUGCUGCCACAUGGAGGCUACUUUCAUGAUACGCUCUACGGCAUCCGAGUCACAGAUGAGAACACGGUGACGAUGCAGACCGGCGACAUGCAGCUCACUGCCCCUCGCAACGGUCAUCCUUGGGGCGUUCCCAAGGCGGGCAGCCCCGUGCGCACGACAAUGCGCGUCCUUCCCGACAAGCGGAUGCCGCUUGCCGCCUCGACUCCGCUGCUGGACGACUUUCUCGUCGUCGCGCUACGCGGCAAGGAGCUCGAGCUGCUUUACAGCUUCACCGGCGGCACCGGCGAAGCCGCCGCCCGCACCUCCGCCGUGAAGCAGUUCUGCUUCCCCGACGUGGAGGACACGACUUCCCUGUCGCUGCAGUCCGAGUCCUUCACGCUGACCCUGACCGAGGACGACGGCUCUCGCUGCUUCGGCUUCUCACGCCGGCUGGCCAGCCUCGGCGACCUGCACCGCCCCGUCUGCCUGUGCGUGCUCUCGCGCCGGCCGUGGUUCUCGCUCUUCAUGCACAUGCUGGACAUUGCACAGCGAGCGGGCGAGCGGGCUGAGCACGACUGCAUCGGUGGCUUCAUCCCCGCCUUUGUCGCCGCGGCCACCGCCGCCCGGCUCCCGCCUCCGGGCGGAGCGCUGGCCGUGUCUGCCGGAGACUUCGGCAGCCACCGCCUGUACGCGCCUUACGACGAUGAGCGACCGACGGGCGUCUCAUUCGAGCCGCUGCUCUCCGCGCUCGGGGUGCCAAACACGGUGCGGCUCCUUGGCGCCCUGCUGCUCGAGCAGCGAGUCAUCUUCGUCGGCAGCCGGUGGGGUCACGUCUCCUCGUGCGCGCACGCGGCGCUCACGCUGCUUUACCCGCUCACCUGGCAGCACAUCUUCAUCCCCGUCCUUCCGACGGCGAUGCUCUCUUACGCGUGUGCGCCGAUGCCGUACGUGCUCGGUCUCCUCGCCCGCCACGCGCCCGCCCUCGCCAAGGAGCCUGUCGAGGAGGAGGUGCUCUACGUCCACCUCGAGACCGGCAAGAUCGCGGGCGGCGCCGAGCCUUCCGAUGAGGCGCCCUCGCUGCCGCGCCCCAUCUCUCAGGCGCUGGAGCGGUCUCUCGGCGUGCACCUGCGCAACGGCAAGAAGAGUCGGCUCGACAACCAGGCCGUCGCCGACGCCGUGCUUAACUUGUGCAUGGCGUUUGUCCGCGAGUACGCCGACAUGUCGGACGAGAGCCGAAAGCACUCCGCCUUCGAGCGCGCGUGCGCCGCGCCGCUCGCCAUGGUUGCCGACACGCGCCCCUCCGCACGCGGCGAGCUGCUCAGCCGCGCGGCGUCGGCGGCGGCCGCUGCGCGCGACAAGGCGGCGACGGCGACCAGCGCCGCAGAGCAGCGGUUCGGGCCCGCGCUUGCAAAGGCGGCCAAGGAGGCGACGGCGGCCGCGGCGGCGGCGCAGCAGUGGGCGGGCAAGGCGGCCAAGGAGGGGCGGGCGAGCGGCGGGAGAUGGAGCGAGCACGGCAGCAGCGAGCGGCUGAGCCGGCAGGACAGCAUGAGUGAGGGCAGCGACGCGGUUGGCUUGUCGCGAGGCUCGUCGUCGGAGCUGCCUCACUGGCUUGACCUCCGGCCCGGCACGGCCAACGGGCGCGGCGGCGCGGCGGCGAGGGAGGAGGGCUCCUGCGACGGCGGCGGCUCCUGCGGCGGCUCCCGGAGGGGGAGAGACGCAUUCUGCUCGCCUCCCAACCCGCCGCUCGGGGCGGCGCCACCGAGGCAGCCCGCGUCGGCCGCGCGCAGUGGCGGUGUCGCCGCUUCCGCUGCCACCGCGGGGGACGUGGGGCUACCGGUCAGACAACAGGCGCUGGUGGCGGCGGCGACUGAGUGGCGAGGCCGGCUCUCUCUCUCGGUCAACGGCGCCUCCGACGCGCAGCCGCACUCCAGCCCACUCUCCGCCGCACCCGCACCCGCCGCCUCGACCGCAGCCGCAUCGCCCGCGCCGCCCGCGCCGCCCGUGCCGCCGGCGCAGACCAGUUUCGAGGGGAGCCUCUUCGACUUCAAUGACUUUGGCACGCCGGAGGCGAGCGCGGCCACAGCUCGAGCCUGCUCGCCGGCGCUGCAGCCGGCGCUGGUGGCGGUGGGCGCCGCCGCCUCACCCCUCGAGGAGCUCUUGGGCGCCAUGACGCCCCUGUCGCUUGCACCGGCGCCUCCCACCGCCACUAGCCCUGGCCUUCCGGGCCUCGCCUUCCAGUCGCCUCUCAGCGGCUCACCGCCGCCGCCAGCAGCUGCGGCGGUGGCGGCGGCCACCCCGUCGCCAGCGAUGGGGGGCGCGAGUGCCAUCGCGACCCCGCCGACUAGGGGCGAGACGGGGCCUCCCCAGCCGCCGCCCUGCCCGACGCCACCGCCGUCGCUGGCCGACGACUUGAUGGCGCGAUCUCUGCAGGGGCUGGGCUCGCGCUGA